AUGAGCCCCUCCGCCUCCGUUUGUGAACGGACAACGAACAAGAAACGUGACGCCACAUCCGGACACACAGGGUUUGAGUUUCGUGCGCCAAAAAAAGUUAUUUAUUUUAUCUAAACGGACAACAAAGUGCUGCUCAGGAAAGUUACAGGAUCACUGAGCGUCUCCCGAAACACUGACAAAGCAGCAAAGACCCUCCCUAGAUUCAACAUCCCUGAUGUGCACAGCGGUGGCAAAUGGAGAAAUAAUCAUCCUCAGUGAUGAUGAUGAUGAAAAAGAAGAAAACUGUGACAAUGACAUGUGCAAUGAAUCUUCAGUUCUUAUUGUGGAGGUGGAGGAGGUGAAGAAGAAUGUUUGUGUUUUACCUCCCUCUUCACUGGAAGAAGAUCUGGUCGUUACCUUCUCCCGGCGUGCCGAGGUGCUGCCUCAUGCACGCUACGACUGUCCCAUACAUGCUUUCACGGCUGCAGAUUGUGAGGUUGGGGCUCCUGUGGGUGAAAACAAGCUCUUUUGUGAUCAAUGCUUCUGUUAUAUCUGCGACAAGCUGGCUUCAUCAUGCUUAAUGUGGUGUUACAGUGGUAUAUGUCACAGCAACAGCCACAAGAGAAGUGACUUCUGGAACAAUCUCAGGAACAGAGCACUGCUGGGAGGACUGCAGAGUUUCAACCUCACUCUCUCUGAAAUAGACGCUCACCUCAGACACGCAGACACCAUGCUGCAGAACUUCAGAUCAGAGCUCACUUACAGGUUUUCUGCAUUCUUGACUGGAACAUCAGUGCAGGAAUACAGUCGUGGUUUAUACAACAUGGAAGGCCGCGUCCACGAUUACACACAAGUGUGCGAGUUUGUUACAAUGUUCCUUAACAAGGCUGACAAACUGGAUGGCAGAGCUGCAGCCAUCAUGUACCUGGGAGCCGCUGAGGACUUCAUUCAACAUUUUCAUGUGAAAGGGGCUUUUAGCGUACAAUCUCCAAUGGCCAAUGCCGUCGAAGCCAAAGCACUGUUACUACAAAGGGUAAUAUCAUCCCUGCAGAGACAGAUGGUGAUGGCUGACUUCACCCCAGAGUUCAUCCACAAACUGCAGGGUUUCUACAAGCGAGUGUCCCUCCCUGCUGAUUUAAGGAGCAUGAAAAACAGCCUCUGUGUGCGGCCCUGGGAUGAUGUCCUGCUGGUGUCGGUGCUGAAGGGGCAGAACGUGUCAGGCGUACGUAAAGACAAAGGCAAGAAGGACCUCCUGAUGGAGCAGAUUUCUGUAGUUUUACUGAGAACAGAAGCACUACAGAAACAGCAGAGGUACAGAGAAUUGUGCCGCUACCUUCGAGUUGUCCAGACGGAUGAUUCCAAACACCUCCAGCAGCUACAGGACCUCAUCCCUUUCUUCACCUGUAUGGAGGGAAACCUUUCUCAGGGCCUGUGCAGUUUGUUCCCCUCAGUGAACACCCCCGCCUCCCGCCUCACCCCAAACCUCUUCCGCUGUUAUCUCCACAUCUUUAAAACAGCGACGGCACCAAAGAUAACAGUCAAUCGGCCUGAUCAGCUCAGUUACUUUGGAGCAGUGUGGGAACCCAUUAAAGACGCCGAGCCUCUGAAGCAGGCCGAGCUGGUGAGUUUUGCUCUGAGGGCUCAGAGGUGCUGCUCUGCCAUAUCUGCUGAUGCUCAGUGUUGGACCAGUUUACUCACAUUGGUUAACACACCUCUACCACCACCAGACCCGCAGUUUGUACUCGGAGCGAAGGAUACCGUACAGUCAAUACUACUGGACAUGAACGGGUCAAACAGAAACAUCCCACGGGUCUUUCUGGAGGAUUACCCAGAUCAGGCCUUGUUGCUAUUGGUAACGGGGGCUUUAGCUUUGAGGAUCGUUGAAGGUGCUUUACAUCCAGUCGCUCCUGUGCUCAAUACGUUCCAGAACAACGAGUGGGCUCUCCAGUAUCUGUGGGAGAGUUUGUCUGAAGAGCGCCUCAGCUCCUUCGUACUGGAGGUCACAAAGGACAUUGAAAAAACAACAGGUGGAGAUAAUUACUUACCCUUGCUGCGGACUGUCAUAUCCUCUCUGUCUCCUUCAAAAGAGAGCUGGGACCACACUUACUGCAGUCCAGUGGCUGUUAGACUCUGCUCUACUCAAGCAAAGGUCCUGAUGCAUCAUCAGCCAGGUUUUAACUAAGCCUGAUGUCCACGCUGGAUGUUGUGGCAAACACUGGGAGCACUCAUCUAGUCUGGCUCAAGUUCAGCAGAGAGACGGAUCAGAGAGAGAGGAAGGAUUCUGUGUUGUAAUCAUUUUUUUAUACAGACAUCAAAAUUUCCCUCAAAAGACCAGAUGUGAACAGACUGAUGAAGAGACUUAGAAGAGAUAUAGCCAUUUAAUAAUAUUGCUGAGUCACUUUAUAUUGCUUUAUCUUUGCCUGGCUUUAUCUGUUUUUGUGGAUUAUGUGGAUUGUCUAAACUGGAUACAUGUUUAGCCAUGCACUGUGGGCUUUAUUUCUUAUUUCAACUGAUGUUUUCUUUUUGUUUUUAUACUAGUUGUUUAUGUCUUACUGGCAACAUUUUUUGAAAUUGACUGUAAUUAAGUAAUGUUUAUUGUGAGAGGCAAACAAGGAAAAAUAAAGAGGUCUGAUUUUCUGUUA